AUGCUUGACAAGAGUGGUGCUCUGAGUGGACUCACGACAAAUGAACGACGCCGUUUAGUUUGAAUACGAGGACGGUGGAGUAAUGGCAAUGAAUACUUGGCUACUUCCAAUCCUGCUUUCCCUCUCUGUAGGUGACAUUCUACAAAAACUGGCCAAAAGGCGAACAUAAGGCUGUACAGAUAGACACACAGAAACCAUCAGGCUGCCUCAGAAUUUGUGACUGAGCCUCAUUCUGUAUGGCAUACGAGGAGCAGACUUUUGGAAGAAUCCUGUCAAGGCUUCGUUCGAGAUGCGACGAAGGCCAGAACUUCUUGCAUCCUCGUGGUGGGGCCUACUAUAUGGCAUGCUCUAGCGGAGCACUUAGACAACGGCUGUGCGGCGUGGGUCGAAUAUUCUCCGUACAUGCCAGGCAGUGCGUGAAUGCUCAGGCUGGCAAUCAUGACAGUGGUACGGCUCCAGUACUGUCUUCAUCUAACAACAAUCACCUUCAGCAAGAUCUUGAUUACUUAAGUUCUUCCAUACCCCCUGGUAGCGAAAUCACCAGCAAGAAGAAAAAAAAAUAUGUUGUCAAUGAAAAUGCCAUCGAAAAUUUCAGGCAGACAGAAAAAAUGCCCAAAAUUAUACACGAUACGCAAGCGUUUCUUCGAGAUCACAGACAAGAAACGCCUCAAGCAACUAUUUCAAUAGAGAAGAAAAUGCGUGCAUCUGCGGGUGGUCAAAGCGAUGUGAGCUCACUCGGGUGUUUGCAGAAACUCGUAAUUCCUGCCCUGAAAAGACUGAAGCCAAUUCUAGUAGCAGCAUCGCUGCAGAAGUCUCCAAUCAUCAGUGGAUUCCGGACUUCUACUUCAAGUGCCCGCAAUAAUCCUCGGUGCUCAAACAGUUAUGCUUCACCGCAAGACAAGAGAAGAAACAAACCAUUAUGGCCCCUUUCACGAACCCAAUACACAGCGCAAAAAAUCGAGAAUAUGAACACCGAAACAUUUAUUUCAGGUGAAGAAGUGCGUGCACAAGCUAGCAUGACCACAAGAAGUAGCGUAUUCGCUUCGACUUCAGCUGCAGUUGACUCUAAAUCAACAAUAAAAAAGUUUUCAAAGACGGCAAAGUUGCCCAACAGCUCUACGGUAUCAUUGCCGAAGUUGAGCUCAAGCACAUUACUUACAAAGUCAAGAGGGGAAGCUGUGUCUUCAGAUGCAGUUUUGUCGCAUCUCUCUUCGGAUGAUCUAGAAAAUAUUACGGCACAUAAACAUUCAGACUUGCAAAGCUCAACAGCACAAAACAAUUUCUUAACACGAACAAGAAGUACCAAGGAGACAGUGCACGUAACCACAGCCCAUCGCCGAACAAAGGCACAAAUUUCAGAAGUGUCUGCAACAAAAAAGACUUUUGGCGCAGAAAGAUCUGACUCUGUCGCAGCAUUAAAGAUGUCAAUGGUGUCAAAAGCGCCUGCAACAAAACUAGACGCAUUAAUUGUUGAAAAAUUAUUUCCAGUAUCAACGGCAUGCUACGCUGAUUGUGGAAGAGUCACAAAUACUUUGGUCACUAGAGCUUCUGUGCUGCGACCGCACCACAACCCAAGAGUCAACACAACGCAAGAUUCGUCAAAAGGUGCUAUCUCUGAAAACACAAAAAGCAAAACUACACAGAAGCAACUCCGGCAUAUGGAAACAGGCUUCGCCACAGUUGCUCACGAUGUAAUGGAAUCCACACCAUUAGCGUCCUCAAACGGCAUGAUUGCACCCGCAAAACAAGCUCUUCGACUGCAGCGCGGCAAGCUUGAAGGAAAACGAGAUCAGUCAAGUGAGGGUACAUCAUACCAAGGUCUCCUUGUUCUUACCGAUACCGACAACUCAGGCAAGGUGCCAUUACAAACAUCUAAAAUGUAUGAAAGUGAAGAAAGUGUCAACGAUGAAAUACUGGGCACAUUGUUCCAUCCAGAGCCAAUCCGACCUGCCACAAAAUCGUCUGUAGGAGUCACGUCUGAAGAACCUUCCAUCGAGGCAACAAAUGCGGAACAGGUGACGGGAAACCCAGUUGAAGAACUGUCAAUUACAGCUGACAGUGUAUUCCCCAGUACUGAAAGUAGCACAAGCAAAACUUCUAAGACGAGUCACAUGCUUACAACAGUGCCACAAGCUCAGAAAUCAACGAACUUAACUUGGGCAACGCCGAAGGGCACACACAGUCAUUAUUCAGAACAGACGAAACUGACACGAACUUCGAUGAAUUCAGCUGAUCAAGAGGUCACUACUGAGACAACCACUCCAGCUGUUACCGAUCACGUUUCCAUUCAGGAUACACAGGCCACCUUAGCUUCUACCACCACUGUUGCACCAUCAGCAGUGUUUCGGAGAACCGAUAAUGUGGAACUGAACAAAUCUGUUCAAUCAUCUGUAGCUACGAACACCACUAUUACAUUACUCCAGAAUAUUAACUCGACAAAAGAGGAUAAAGGCUACGUGUCAGCGCAUAUCUAUAAUGUAAACAACCAAUACACUAAAAGCUACCGCGCAAUACCCACUGAGGUCGGCACUGCUCUUGCAGCACAGUAUUCUGUUACGCAUGACAAAAUACCAUACAGUAGUCAGUACACAAAGACAACUCUUCCACUUUUUAUUGAAUCCAUUUCAAAAACAACCCUACUUCCAACUGCUUCUAGUGGUGACGUAGACAUGUUAGUGUCUACAUCGCCGUCACCACAACUUGCUUCGGCACUACCAAGGCAGACUAGUGAAACACUGAAGGCACUUCAUUUCCUACUAGUGAACUGCAGGUGAACGGUGGAAGUGCACAACAAAAAAAUGAGGCUCAUGUCACUAAAACAGAAGUUAUAAUAAAUCCGCAGAUUGUGGCAACCGAUUUCAGCAAAACAUCUCCCGAAGGGCAUAAUGGUGCUAACAGUGUGUUUACCUGGACUGACGAAAAAACCGCAAUGCCGGUUCUGACGCCAACACUAAAAGCUGGCAGUCUUCUCGCAUCACUUCUAAACAGUGACUCACCAAUGCAUUCUCACACCAAAGCUGAAGUUAGAAGGGAAGGUGACGUAAGACAAGCAACUAUUUUAAGCCCAAAAGGGCUGUCGCCAGUUCCUGUAAAACAUUUUAAGGAUGGCCGUAGUGAUAGUCAAGAUGGUGUCACUUUGUAUCCCCGCCGCACACUGCUAAACGCUGCACUCAGCACACCAAUGAGUACGAGAGGCCUGACUUUUAGCCCUUCUCGAUCUAAUUGUCACUCAUAUAUAGUGACAAUGCAAACUGCGAAACUACAUAGGAACAAUGGUGAAGUCAUAACAGGUGCUCAGAGAAACACACAAAACGAACCACGGCUUUCUCAAACUGAGUCUGAAGAAGAGUUUGAAAAUGAAGUAAAUGUGGCAAUCAAUACAAAAAGUAAUAACUUAGGAAACCUCUUAGCACUGUAUUACCCAACCAAAGCAUACUAUCUGGACAACAAUGAAAAAUGGGAGAAGAAACGUUUAAUCCCAAAUUCGAGAGCAAGUGCGUCUGCUACCAUGAAACCAAUUAGCGGUUCAAAUCUUCAAUCGGCAGUUCAAUGGUCAAGUUCUGAAAGCAUUCCCACAUCAUCGCUGGAGCUUUCAGACGACUAUAGCCAUUCCCUGUCAAAUAAUGGUUCGCUAGAGCUAGCCACUAUUGGUAAUCGCAAUCAGCUUGAUAUGCUGCCAACGUACAGAGCAACCCGAAGUUUCAUGGAUUCACCGACAACUGAAGUGGCUAAUCUUUUUGUGAGUAAAUGGUCAGAUUUUGAUUUCUUUGGCCCUGAUAGCGGAACUAAAGAAGUGCCGCAUAUUGCGCGUAGCAACCCUACAACGAAAAGGCCAUAUUUUGCAGGAAUGAGUAAGCAAAAGCCCUUCACAAGUGGGGCAACAGCACAUAAAACGAAUAGCACCUAUACGGCAAUUUUACAGACUUUUCAAGAAGACAAUCACAAUGCUUCGCUAUCCUUGUCUGAACUGCACCUCUUAAAAUCUUCCGGGCAAAAUCAAAUCAUUAAGCCCUCAGUCACUGUUCAUCUGUCGGCACGCUUCCGAGAAAAAACAAGUUCCGAAACCGAGACGGCGACGAAAAUUUCCACUGCCACUUCUGAAGAAAGGGUAACUGAUCAAUCAAAAGAACUACACUUUUUUUCAAAAAAAGCGCUCACUACCGGAGUCAAGGGCACGUCAACAAGCGCAAACAUUCUCCUCGUAAAAAGUGCUAGAAAAACAGAAUCAGAUGUGAACGAAGAAACAAAACUACAGGUUUCUGAGUCAUCUAUAGCGUCACAGUUAACGUCACCCAGUAACCAAGAAUGGGAAGAUGAAGAUCACCUAAAGCUAAGUGCGUCUUCUACCAGUGAAUCUGCCACUUUGCUCUCGCCGGAACGUACCAUUCGCAAGGGCGAGCGUACUGUCUCUCCCAAGAGCGAAAACAUAUUUAUUACAACGGGUGAUCAAGCCAAGAUUCAGUUAACAACGCAAAGAGAAAAGUACAGUGGAAAGGCAGUGCUGGAACCUCGAGGUCCUACUACGUCAGAAAUGACUGUUACAUAUGCCGCUACGACUCAAACACCCCAAACUUGGUCAACAUUGCAGGGGACGAUGCUGCUGAAAACAAGGGCUCCUUUGUGCAAAUCCACAUUUGGACUUUUUCGCCACCCCACUGACUGUAACCUCUUUGUUCAUUGUUCUAAUUUUGUGCCAUUCAUCAAGAAAUGCCCGGCAAACUUGCAUUUUAACGAAAAAAUUAUGGUUUGUGACUGGCCUUACAGAGCUGGCUGCCUUAGCAUUGCUGGAAACUAAGUUCACUGAGUUAUACGAGGAGCUUUUUCAGCAAGACGAGUGCCCAUUUAAAAACUUCGCAACGCCUUGGUAAUAAAAAUGACGAUAGCGUGUAUAAUCUUUUCAACUUAGAUAAAACUUGUGCGUCCUUCUAUUAUUUGACACUGCAGGAGAAUACAUAUUUCUGUAUACGCGACUCUCA